AUGACCAAACGAUGGACAAAAGGUCGUUUAAGUGUUGGCAAACAAUUACGUUUAGGAAGGCGAACAACAACAACAGUAGUACCAAUUGCUUGCCUUCUGGAAUGGGAUUCUGCUAAAUGCCAAAUUUUUCAUCAACGACCACUAUUUGCACCUAAUUUGGCAUAUUCAAAAACCAAAUAUGGUUUGAUUACACCAAUUUUGCCAAUAUCAGGAAUAGUUGAAGAAGGUGCAGAAUCGAAAUCCUCAUCGAUAUCACUGCUGCAUACAUCUGAAACAACGUUAACUGCUACAACAGCAACAGCUAAAACAUUAACUUCAGCCAAAACUACGAAAGCACAUUUGGAACAUCCCGAGAAUUUGGCUACGAUAGCACAUUUGGAACCGGAAUAUCUACCUACAGUAAACGGUGAGUUCACUAAGCGCACUCACACGUUUCUUUCUACCAUUACCACCACCACCACUGCUAUCACCACUACUACCACUCCUAUCAUCACUAUUGCUACAGCACAUAUCACUACCACAACUAUCAUUGCUGAUACCAUCACAUUAACCACCACUAUUACUUCAACUUUCAGCUUCAUUCAAAAACAUAAUAUCAAUCAUGAUAUAUUUCCUAUUCCCAAGAUACAUAGCAAUCGUAUUAUGUUGACACCAGCUUUGUUCCAUCUUUUUAUCGAUGAUGACAAUGAUGAUAAUAAUGAUGAUGAUGAUGAUGAUGAUGAUGAUGAUGAGAAUAAUAAUGACGAUGAACGCUUUACAUUCUUCUGGCCAACUAUUUUACCAUUUCAAACACAAACUGCAAUUAUUUACUCCUCUGAGAUAAGAAAUAUUGAAACAACGCAAUCAAUGAUAAUUCCUGCUAAGACAAAAGGAUCUUUUCAUAGUUUAACAAAGCAAAAUGAAUAUAAGCCAAAUGAGAAUAAAUAUGGGAAAUUCUUCAAUUCAACAUUUACUAUGAAUAAACAUUUUUUGCCAUCAAUAGAUCGCAAUAAUAUAAGUCAACAUGAAUACAAUAGCUAUUCCAAUGAUUAUUCUGGAUAUUAUUAUCAUUCUGAUAAUAUACCUGAAUAUAAUUAUAGCUAUUUGAAUAGCAAGCAUAAACAUUAUCGUCAUCCUAAUACAAAUUACAACCAUCUUCAAUAUCUUGGCAACAAUUCUAAAUGUUACGAUCAUCCGAACAAUAAAUCUAAUUAUUCAAAUUGUAUGAAUGCUACGAUUAUUAGCACUUUCACUGCAUCAUCACAAUCACAUCUUUCAUUUGCUUCUACUGCACCAUCGAUUAUCAAAAGUAUGCAAAUUUCCAGUGCCAUCUCGCAACAAUCUAAUCGAAAUUAUUUUGAAGAUUUAUGGAACGAUAUUGCUGGACCACCACCAGCUGUUAUCAUAAAUAGUGAUCAGAAAGAAUCAAGAAACAAGACAACAGCGACAAUAUCAUCAUCAUCUAUUGUUACCAAUAUCAUUAAUAGUAAUCUAUCAACUAGUCCAUUAAUCUUUAACAUCACGCAUACAUUAUAUCCAACACAUCAGACUAUCUCAUUACAUAAAUUGCAUGAAAAACUAACCACACCUGAAAAUGAUAUUGAUAAUAAAAGGUUGUCAUCAGCUCUACCAAAAAUAAUCAAAAAUAAUUUGCUGAAUAUUUCAACUAAAUCGUCGCUAGUAAUUGACAAUGCAGAAGAGGGAAAGAAAAGAAUAAAAGAGUCAGAAGCUCAGAAUUUGGAUAACAUUCCUACGCAACCUAAAUCACAACAAGUGCUCACCGUACCAACCGUAUCAUCAUCCACUACUACCAUUAAACAUCGUAUUCGUACAACAUUGGGAAGUCAUACAAUUUAUGCAGUUAGACCAACUACACCUAUGGGUGAAUUCAUUACGGAUACAGUUAAGACUCCUGCAACACCGACAGAUUUCCCACGUACGGCAUUAAUUUCGAUAGCAUCGUUAUCUGUGAUCAUUAUCAUCGCCAUCGUUGUUUUUUGUGUUUUUAGAUGUAGACAAAGUGGUCCAUCAACUGACCAAUAUCCAAUGGUUUGCAGUAGUAAACAAUCUGGUUAUGCUCCGAUACCAGCUGAAUUAUCACCACCAAUGAUGCGUGAAACAUCAAGACAUAACGUUGGUCCACUCUUUCACAAUCGAGUAAAUCAACUUGAUGGCUAUCAACCGAUCAAAGGUGCUGUGAUACCGAAUGGAAAUAACUUAAUGGGUAUUGUCAAAGGUAAUAGUGCAUCAACAUCCAUUAAUGGUAGGAAGAAAGAAUUUAAAGAAUGGUAUGUUUAA